UAUUUAAUUCCACAAAUGAAGGACAUCUAGCAAUUUUAAUAUAAGAUGAGCAACAAAAUUGACCCUGCGCCACGUCGCAGGAGAGAACGCUUCUAAGACAUUAAGAAAGGCAUUAAAAUUCACUGUGAGCUAUUGCAGGAUGCUGGUCGCGGGCAGACCAUAGCGGAGAGAAACGCAAAUAAAUGCAGCUCUCUCUUUUCCGCCCUCUCUCGCGCGCACGGCGGUGGGUUGUACAUCAGCGACACCGACGAUAAACCGACAAGCCAAGAGGAGAGACCGGCCGAUCUCUAUCAGCAGCCCGCCGACAACGAUAAUCCGUCGAACACUUUGUCUGAAAUCAUCGCAGAUUGGCUGGUAGCGGUUGCCUCCCCCUUUCUCUCUCGUGCGCGCGAGAGACUGGCGAGAUCCCUUAACGAAAUCCCCCCCGGAUAUCGUUAUUAUAAAAGCCGGCGCGCCCCGGCGUGUCAUUCGUCUUUCCUCGGCAGUGAUUCGCAGGUCCUGACUCGACAUCCACACACACCACAGUCAUCAUGAUGCAGAUUGUCGGCAAGUACCAAUACGUGUCCAGCGAGAACUUUGAGGAUUACAUCAAGAGCCUGGGCAAGGGCGACCUCGCCGACGCGUUCCUACAGUCCACGCCGAUGGUGGAGAUCCAGCAGAACGGCGAUCACUACAUGGUCACAGUCACCAGCCAUGGCAAGACCGUCACCGCUACCUUCAAGCUCGGAGAGAUGUACGACGAGACGCUUCCAUCCCAGGGCCUCGUCUUCAAGAGCAUGACCACGAAAGAGGGUAACGGCUUCAGAACGGAGACCACCUUAUCCGCGGACCUCAAAGCAAUUCGAGUUUACGAAUUCACAGACACUGAAAUGCAUGUGCACCUGUCCUCCAACAAGAGCGACGUUACAGCUAAGCGUACAUACAAAAGACUGUAAAGCCGGUUCCUAAUUUAACUAGCACUACAUAAAAUUACACUUCAUUAAAGAGAUUGAAAUGUA